AUGGCCUUUUUUAUAUCGUCUUCUUUUCUCUUUAGCCUUUUUCUCACCAUUUCCCUACUUCACUUGACCUCGGCUAGGAGACUCGCUGAGUCAGAGUCAGACCAGCAGUUGCAAUUCAAAUACCACAAAGGCCCUCUCCUAACUGGCAAAAUCUCUGUCAACCUCAUCUGGUACGGCAAAUUCAACCCAUCUCAGCGAGCCAUCAUCGCAGACUUUAUCACAUCACUCUCCUCUCCCAAACCCAUCACCAGAUUCACCACCGCAUCACAACCAACCGUGGCAACAUGGUGGAAGGCAACGGAGAAAUACUACAACCUCAUCAACUCCAACAAGUCACCCAAGCUAGCCCCCUCCCUCGGUUCCCAAGUCAUCGACGAGAAAUACUCUAUGGGCAAAUCGCUCACUGAUGACCAAAUCAUGAAGCUCGCAUCAAAGGGUGCCCAAAAACAAGCCAUCAACGUGGUUCUCACAGUCGCAGACGUAGCCGUUGAUGGGCUCUGUUCCAGCAGGUGUGGGACUCAUGGUUCCUCAAUGGGUGCACGCGUGAAUGGGAAGAGGUACAGAUUUGCAUACAUAUGGGUGGGUAACUCGGAGACUCAGCGCCCUGGUCAAUGCGCGUGGCCAUUCCACCAAGGUAUCCAUGGACCACUAAACCCCAUAUGCAAAGCGGAGGCACGCAAACCCAUCGCUGCACCCAUAUGA